UAAACUCCUCACGCCCAUUCCUCAGACGCACAAGGGAGAGGAACUCUGGAUCAGCCUUUACGCAGCGUCCCCAGCCCUCCACGGGCUUUGCUUUGAAUGGAGCGCCUCUAAACCCGAGGCUCGUUCGCGGAGGAGGCUUUGCAAAGUUGCUGCGCUGAACCUAAAUUCAGGAGACAUGUCAGCCGCGCAGGGACUUCUCAACAGCGUCUUCUCCUGCUCGUCGCCGGCUUCCAAAGCCAUAGCCAAACGGAGGCUACGGCAAACCCGCAGCCUGGACCCCGCGAUCAUACGGCACUGCGGCACCGGGAGCGACGGGGUGAGCGGGCCGCAGUUUGCGGCCGCCGACGCAUCAGGUGCGCCUCCGGGUGCCAAGCCGGCUUUGCGCACCAGGAUCCCGACGCUGAAAGAACCCAUCACGCCGUCGGUCUCCUCCCCAUCCAUACCCUCGGAGGUUUCUCCGACCUCCAAUUUCCACUUCGACUACGAUAUCGCCAAGCGCCCGAAAAGGAAUACCUCGGGGGAUUUACCGUUUAUGGUGAGGGGAGCCGGCGCGGCGCCGUCGGGGAGCACCGGCGCGCUCUUCUCGCCGCGGAGGUGGCUCCAGAGGAAAGUGCAGCCGGCCUGCCCUCACCCGUACGUUGUGUGGAAAUCGGAGGGAGAUUUCACUUGGAGCAGCCUGUCAGGGCGGAGUGUACGCCUGACUCCAGUCGCCAUCCAGAGCCUUUCAGAGCUGGAAAGAGCCAGGCUUCAGGAAGUAGCCUACACCCGCUUGCUCCAGGACUAUGAUCUGGGGUGUCAGAUAACCAUCCCAAAGGAUGGACAGAAGAGGAAAAAGUCUUUAAGAAGGAAGCUGGACUCCUUGGGCAAAGAAAAGAGUAAAGACAAAGAGUGCGUACCCCAGGCCUUCAGCAUACCCCUGUCCCAGGUCAUCGCCAACGACAGAGCGCACAGGCAGCGCCAAGACGCCUACCGCCUGGACCCUCCGCAAAGGGAGGAGCACAAAGACUCCUCUGACCUCGUGUCAUCCAUUUUGCAGUUUGCCACCAAGCGACCGUCCAACAAAGAGCUGUCCAGCAGUAACUCCUCGCUGAGUUCCACGUCAGAGACGGCCAAUGAGUCGACGUCGCCCAACACCCCAGAGUCUGCGCCGCGAGUCCGCAGGAGGGGAGGCAUGUCUGUGGACUCCAUCACGGACCUGGAUGACAACCAGUCCCGCCUUCUCGAGGCGCUGCAGCUCUCCCUGCCUGCCGAGACGCCGAGCAAGAAGGAAAAGCACAGGGACAAACGUCUCAGUCUGAACCCCAUCUACCGCCAGGUGCCCCGGGUGGUGGACAGCUGUUGUCAGCACAUAGAGAAAUACGGUUUGCAGACUGUGGGGAUCUUCAGAGUGGGAAGCUCUAAGAAGAGAGUAAGACAACUGCGGGAGGAGUUCGAUCGCGGCGUCGACGUGCAGCUGGACGAGGAGCACAGCGUCCAUGACGUGGCGGCCCUGCUGAAGGAGUUCCUCAGGGACAUGCCUGACCCUCUUCUAACCAGGGAGCUCUACACGGCCUUCAUCAACACCACAUUGCUGGAGCUGGAUGAGCAGCAGAGCGUCACCCAGCUGCUGAUCUACCUGCUCCCAGCAUGCAACAGCGACACUCUGCAUCGCCUGCUGGAGUUCCUGUCCACCGUGGCAGACCACGCCAACGACCAGCACGCCAAGGAUGGUCAGGAGAUCCCAGGGAACAAGAUGACGUCUUUGAACCUCGCCACCAUCUUCGGGCCCAACCUGCUCCACAAACAGAAGAGCUCGGACAAGGAGUUCAGCGUCCAGAGCUCCGCCAGGGCCGAGGAGAGCACCGCCGUCAUCGCCGUGCUGCAGAGGAUGAUCGCGGGCCGCCAAACCCUCUUCAUGGUGCCCCCCGAUCUGCAAAACGAAGUCUUGAUGAGCCUUUUGGAGACGGAUCCCGACGUGGUCGACUACCUUCUCCGGAGGAAGGCCUCACAGAGCCCCGACCUGCUUCAGCCCGAGGAGCCCUUCACUCUGAGCGAGCGCCGCUCGUCCAGCGACUCCAACAAGGUGUCAAGCGGGGAGGUUUCUCCCUAUGACAACAAUUCGCCGCUGCUGAGCGAGCGGCGAGGGGAGCCGGGGGGUCUGGCGGGGGAGCGGCAGUUCCCUGCGUUGGAGCAGGUGGCCGACUGGAGUCGAGAGCCUUCCAAAGAGGAGCAUGCUAACAUUUGGGGCACAUGGCACAGCACUCUCAAACCAGCUCUCAAGAAUCAGUCAUAUACAGGUUCCCAUGGCAACAUGUCAGAGGAAAGCUCCCGCAGCUCUCAGGAAGGUCUGGAUGGACUCCACGCCGACGUCAAACAGCUGACGGACACAAAACGGACUCACAGGACACCCGAGUGCAGAAACCACCCCCCCGUAACCCGAACGUGCACGGCCCCUCACUCAGAGACGGGGCGACCGCGCCUGCAGCUGAGCAUCAACCCCUCCCUGACGUCCCACCCGAGCAGCACGCCGGCCCCCCUUCGAUCGCCCGUCGAUGGACGCUGUCCUCCGCCGUACGGCGCCCACCACCGCGUGGCCGGCUCUCAGAGCUCCCCGCAGCUCGCCGCGCCGCGGCCUCAACCGGCGCCCGGCAGGCCGACCGCGCCUCAGCCCAACCCGGGCCAGACGGUGGCGCAGAGUUCGGACUGGCAGGACUGGCAGCGGGAGCGGUGGCAGAUCUGGCAGCUGCUCUCCUCGGACAAUGCCGACACGCUGCCGGAGACGCUGGUGUGACCUCAGACUGUACUCUGUAACCCUUCAGCGACGAUCCCGCCUCCGUCUUGUCCCGUCCUUUCCUUCUCUUCAGAAACCCCCCCUUCGACUCCUGCAUCUCAGCGCCAUGAAGAUGUUUACGUGCGCAGCUGCUGCCUUAUACAGACUUUGUGUGUUUUUUUUUUUUCUUUUUUAAUAAAUCCACGAGCCACUAGUAUUUCUUUGGAUGGAUUUUUAUGACCUCUCUCUUUCGACCCUUGUGUUUCGUGAUCUAGGGGCCCACCAAAAAUACCUCAAAACACACGACCCUUUUAGAACACCAAGUAUUCCUCUAAGAGUCAGCGUAGCCUCUUCGAUGGAAAACACCUGCUUCUCUGCCAUUUUUCACCAUAUUUUAUGGCUUUUUUUUUUUUUUUUUUUUUUUUUUUUUUUUUUUUUUACACACAAACUCUAAAAUGUACACAUUUGCUGCUAACAUUGUUUGUGCGUGAUAUUAAUGUUAUUCAGCCACAUGCUUUAAUGUUAAAUGGUGUUGAACUGUACAAUGUGUAACAUAAUGUAACAUAUAUAUGUUUUCCUCAGAGUAUCUACCUAAAAUCAAGACAGUUGCUUCGUUGGGUGGUCUGAACAGCUUUUUGUCCCUCUUUUGUUGCCAUAUAUAUAUAUAUAUCCCCUUUGAAUGUAAAAAGUUUCUCUUGUGGCUUAAACGUGUGCUCUUGGCGCCUGCUUGAGUGCGGCGGACACAACGUGCCAAAGCUCCACUUUUGGAACUUUAAGGAGUUUUCAGGAUCAUUUAUUUUUGUCUUCGCUUGUCUCUUUAAUGGGCAAUUCAAAAAAGACUUUUUCACGAAUGAUUUAUUUUGCAAGCAGGAAAAUUCAGAUUUUAAAAUCAAAUUUUAAAGUCAUUAAGGUGAUUUUAAAAAUUCUCAAAAUAUGUUACAUUUAGCAAAAAAUAUUUUUUUUUCUUUGUGAUAUAGUAGAUUUCUGUAAAGAGAGAUUUUAUAUUUGUAAAAUAAUCAAAAUAGGUACAGCCUCCUCCAUAAUUAUUGACUCUCCUGGUAAAGUGGUGCUUUCCAAAGAAUUUCAGCCCGAGGACUGAGACGGCAACGGGAGAAGGUUGAUUUUGUAUGUAGUUUCUGUAUUGAUUUGACUAAUUGUUUUAACUAUUAUAUUCCUCAAUAACCCAAAGACAGCCCCAUUUACAGUUUUCUGCCAGAGUCUACCAGAUUUUCAUACAAAACGUCCUGGUAUUUGAAACAAACAGGCCAAGAAAGAUCCUCUAAUGUACUUUAAAGUGGGCAUAGGGGGAUUUUCCAAAUGUCAUUCCCUUGUUUUACACCCGGUAUGUUUUUGCUGAAACCUUAGUCUUAGUCUCAUCUGACCAAAGAAUACGCCUCCAGUUAAACAUCCAGCGGUGUUUGGCAAACCCGACACAUCUACAUUUCCAGUGGUGGGAAGGAGAAGGCUUUUUCCUGGCAGCAGCAGAUUAGCAUGUAGAUCGGAUCUAAUGCAGGUGAAUCCAAGGUGGCACUCUUUGAUGCAAGAUUUGUGUCCUCAAACAUUCAGUAGUGUCAUAGUUCUUAUCGAUUUAAGUGUUCUUUUUUUAAUAAAACUCAUUUGAUUGUAUAUAAGGGCAAGUUAACAUCUUAUGAUCAAAAGGUGUCAAAUUUGAAUGGCAUGUUCUCAUGUCUUGCCAAUUUUGAGAAGAGAACACAGUGGGGGGAAAUAAAGUGUUGGACUGUAUUUUUUAUUAAACAUCAAAACUUUUUUUUUUACACAUAAAUGUGGAAAAAUUAAAGCAUGGAUUUUUCUAGUGUAAAAUCAACAUUGUUUUUAUCUUAAAACCUUUUAAACAUCUCUACCAGGAGUGACAAUAAUUCUAUGUGGCACUGGAGAUAUUCAAAAUGUUUCUUUUUACAACUACUAAUUGAUUAAUUAACAGCAGUGGUCCAAUCUUUCCAACUCUUCUCAUUUUUAACAUUGAAGUGAAAUAUGUGCAGGCAGAUAUUUCACUUUUUAUUCUCUACAGGAGCCAUAGCUCCUUCCAUAAAGCCCUUUUGAUUUUUCUUUUAUUAGGACAACACGGCCCUAGAAUAAAGUAAGGAUGGUUGUGUCAAUGCAGGUGGCGCCAUCUAGUGUUUGAAAACGCGCUUAAGUUUGUCGCUGCCUCCCACAGAGUACCGUUUCCACCCGCCCAUCAGUGCUGCGAUUCAAAGCAUGUAACUAAAAGCACCUUCUGUGAACAUUUUUAGGAAUUGACUGUGCCAUAGGUCUGUUCUGUCCAUGUAUAGCUCACUAUUUUAUUUGAUACAUUUUUUUUUUAGAUUGUUCAUUGAUGUAAUAUGAAAUAUAUUAUCAAUCUGAACUCAAAAAAAGAAAAAUAAGGAAAAAAAAGACGUUAAUCCUCAUGGUUCUCGUUUUAUCUCAUGUCUUGUUGACUUCACUGUUAAGCCACCAGAAGUUUUUUUAUUAUUAUUAUUGAUAUUUUUGGUGGUUUUUAUUGGGUCCAAAAUUGUGUUCCGUUUUGUUACUGCUUUUGUACCGCGUGUCCUCAGCAUAUGCUACCGUUGGAUUAAAUAUGAUAAAGUUGA